AAAUGUCAAAAUGACCGAAUUUAUUGUCGUUGUUGUUCCGUAAUUUGAUUACAUUGUGUGGUUUUUACCAAAAAUACGGUGAAAUAAGGAUUUAUUAAAAUGCUGGAAGAAGUUAGUACAAUGGAUCUCCAUAUUGUCCUAGACGUAUUAGAAGAUCGCACAUUGGAUAAACCACUUGCAAGAAAUCAAAAUUAUAGAACUUUUCAAAAUGUUUUGGACAGUAAAAUUGAAAUCAGUGAUUUGAUUGUUGAUAGACUAUUAGCUGUAUGUGUCCAAGAUCUGCAAGAGGACAAACAGUAUUGUCAUACUAUACUGAAGAUUAUCAAUUCCAUAUUGAAAAGAAUAAAGACUGGAGAAUUUUCAACAUUAACAAAUCUUUUACCCUCUAUAUUAGAACUUUUAAAUGUCAUGAAGACAACAGCUUUAUUGAGUAACAUGGAAACAUUGCAAAAAUUAUCUUUUGAAACAGUUGUUUUGUAUCCUGACAAUGUCCUUAUUGAUUUAGCAAUGUUACAUGAUAAAGAAGUAAUGGAAGUUGUAAAUUCAUAUUGCCGUGAAGGUAUACAAAUACACAUCAGAUGUUUACCUUGUGAAUUAUUACUUAAGCUAUUGCAAGUUUUACCAAAUGACAAAAAGUUGAUAUUUUUGAAAGCAAAUCUAAAAGUUUGGUUUACCAGACUUAUCCCUACUAUUGUGUUAUUUAUGCAAACAGAAUCAUUGUCUACAAAACCAUUAGAAACUUUGGAGGCACUAACAGAUGGAUUAGUUCAUAUUGAUUAUGCUGAAGAUAUACACUGGCAGUAUGUUUUGCAAUCAAUAUACAAUCCUCAGAAAUAUCCUCUUCUCAUGAGAAACAUGUUGUUAAAGGGAAGUAAAUGCUGGCAUAGAUUAUGGAUAGUUUUUAUUAGACUAUUGAAACAUCAAAUUACACGUAUAUGCAGUCCAGGCGGGAGUCCAAUCAACUUGUUAUUGCCAGUUGUAGAGACAGCUUUCAAAAUGGAUGUAGCUAACAGAUGUAGAGCUUUUCAAUGCUGGGAUGUUUUAAUUGAUAAUUUUCAUACAGAGACAAAUGAAGCUAACAUUGUUAAAAGAGUGAAACUACUUAUAGUACCACUGAGAUCUAAUAAUGCUAAAGUGGAAGAAACAACAUUAGCAAAAUUGAAUACAUGGUGGCAUUUAAUAAGAAGUUUUCAAAAUAGAAUGGAAAAGUUUGUAGAUUCAAUACUGAUAUCGUUUUUACAUUUUUGUUUUGGAAAACAUGCCCUUCAAAAUAAACAGCCUUUAGUGCCAUGUUUGAUCUCCAGCAAUACAAAGAAAAGGGCAGUAGAGGCCUUUAUUGAAAUUGCUGGUCAUUUAAGUUGUAGUGGUUGUGUUGAUUUGCCAAAAUUAAAUAAGAGAAUUGUGUCUAAAAAGUUCCUUGUGGACUAUUGGAAUGACUGGAUAUUUUCUCUAAAGGUGGCCAUUUCUAUUAGUAUUCAAAAUGUUGGUGUGACACAGCAACAGGUUGUGUGUGCUUGGAAAUCUUUUGCCUUGAUAAUAAGCGAGUUGCCAGAUAAUAAUAUCAGAAAGGAUUUGUUUGAUGAGUUGUUACUUAUGUUGGAUACCAUGUUACAGUAUGGCCUCUCGAACAACAAUAGAACUGAAUCGGAAAUUAUAAUCAGCUUGAUCUGUUCAUUGUUUGAAGAUGAUAAACUUAAAGUUUUGUUUAAGACUAAAUGUGGACAAGAAGGUCCCCUCCAUAAAAUUAUUCAGGUUCUGAUGAAACCUACUAUAAAUGUUUAUCUCAAAAGCAUUCCUAUUAAAGAAGUUAUUUCAAAACUUAAACCAAUAAUAAAUUAUGUUUUGGAUGAUAAUUUAUGCUCUCCAGAUGAGUUGAUGCUAUGGGUUUUCAUGUCAGAUUUCCAUCAAGAUAGUAUAUUAUUAUUUUGGACAGCUCUCUCUGAAGUAUUGCUCAAUGUAAAUAGUACCGAAAUCACCAAUUUGGACAUAGUAUUGCUCUGGCCGUUAAAUUCUUCAAACAAUUUUGUUGAUGAUGUAUACUUUUUAUCAUUAUGGUAUAAAUUAUUUGAAUAUUUGUACCCAAAACUUUAUGAAAGAGUCCAUACACCUAUAUCAACUUUUCUGACAUCUACUCAAACCACAAAAACAAAUUUGCUGUUAAAAGUGUAUGCCACAAUUGGCAUUUUAAACUAUUUGCUGGCGCGACAGGAAAAUUAUGAGACACCACUGGGAUUAUUGUUAGGCUUUAUGGAUGCCAAUGGAUUACAAGAUUUCAAAGAAAUCGAAAAAUUGGGAAAUAUAUUAACAGAUACUCUUAUUAGUAUGUUAGAUGAUGCACUUUCACUACAGAAGAUAAAUUCGGUGAAUAAUAUGAUGAAUUGUAUAAAAAAAAUCAUGAACUUGAUAAUAAAUCACCUUCAGAAUAAUAAAAUGGAAAACUAUAUGUCAACACUUGAAAAUCUUUUAAUCCAUAUAAAUCAAUUUUUACAUCAAUGUUUAAAAAGGCAGAUCUAUUGCGCUUCUGUGAUUACGGAUGAAUUAAUCAAACUUGCAACAUUAUUAAAUGACCAGAAGUCAAUAAAGGAUUGUUUAUUAUCUAUAAUGAAAGUAUGUUUAUCGAGUAUAGAAAAAGAAAAAUCUGCAUAUAAAGAGAUCAAAUCUGCUAUAAUCAAUAUGGAAUCUAAUACAGAUGUUGUGAAUAAAACUGUUGAAAGACAAAUCAAAGUUAAUGAAAACAAAUUUACCACUCCAGAGGUAAAAAUUAUGACUAGAAAAGCCAAGAAAAAAGAAGCUAGUAUAGUUAAUACAGUUGUCGAAAACGGGGAAGAGUUUGUGGUAGUUAAAUCAAAUUGGAAAUUCAAUCCCCGUAAACUAACAGAGAAUCAAAAAGAAAAGUUACAACGUAAAAGAGAGGACAUCCCAGCACUCUAUCAAGAUUUGUCUCAAUCUCAGGAUGAAUUUAAAUUGAAUUCGUGGAAACCAGACUCCCAAGAUUCGUCAACCACAAAUAGCAAAUCAUCAAAUCUAGAAGAUAUCACAACCAUUCUUAAAAAUAUACCCAGUUCUGAUGUUGUUCCCAAAAUAAUAGAAAACAAUUUCUCAAUAAUUGCAAAGAAAGAACCUGUUGAGUGCACUACAGCAGUAAAAUCAGCCACUGUAACUUCUGAUAUUACUAAAUCAAAUUCUACUCCAAAAGACACAAAGUCUCCUCGAAUGGCUUUAAAGGACAGAGUAUUUAGAAAUGUAAGGAAUUUAAUAGAGAAGUCAGGAGGUCAGAAUGACAAUAUAGAAUUAUCAGCAAGUUUAAUACAAAUUGAGAAUAUCCCAAAGACACCCCUUACAAAAUUAAACAACACAAAUAACUUAACUAACUCGGCACCUACAAAACUUAAUUCUGAGAGACCAUCGCGGCUUAAGAGGAAACCUAAAAAGUUCGAUGACACAGAACUGUUUGCUUUGAAACGAAAUUGCCGAUCAUUAAGCCAAAAUGAUACUCAACCUGAGAUAUUAGGUGAAUCAGUUAAACAGCAACAACAAGAAAAUUCAUUAUUACAAAAUGAUGAUAUCAGUCAAUGUAAAAUUGUUGACAACAGAUUUGAUGAAAAAACACUUGCAGAGCCUUCAAAUAAUAAUAUUGGGAAUACCGUAUCAGAAAAUAAUAGUUUAAAUGCUCCCAUAGAGAUAAAAAACGCUUCAUCUCCCGAGGUAACCAAUUCUAUUGACGGCAAUAACCAGAUUGAAAAAGAAAGUAAAGGUAACGAAACUAAAUUAAAUGAAACAAAAUCAAUAGAUGAUGAUUUAGUUCCUGCUACUGACGCAGGUGAUGUAAGUACAGAUAUUAAAUCUGUAAAUGAACAGAAGAAGGAUAUUGUACAUGAAACAAGUUCUAUAAAUGAAAAUGUUGUCACGCCUAAAUCAAACAAAAAACAUGAAAGUAAUAAUUGUAAGUCUACCGUUAAAAAAAGAGAUGUUAAAAAGUCACGCAUAGAAAAAGAAUUAGCGAUUGACACAGUCGAAGGGCAUCCAUUGUUAAAAAAUAAUUCUGAACGACGUGUCACUAGAAAAGCUGUAACUCCUUUGAAUAACACAAGACGUAAAACAUUAACGGAAAAAUUAAACAAAUCUAAAUCUGAUAUCAAAAAUCAGCCUAAAAAUAGCACUCCAAAUUCUAAGAAGCAAGAUAAAAAUAGAACUUCUGAUGAAUCUGAAAAAAGCUGUGAAUUGGAAAGUAUUGAUUCCAGCCACCGAUUGAGUCAAACUAGUUCUGUAGUACCAGAAGAUUUUACUUUAUCAGAGGAUGUGAUAGAGAGUUCACAAGAUUCUACAUUGACUACAAUAACAACAUCCAAAAGAAAUGUAAAUAAAAGAGUGUCAGUUAUUGUGGAAAAAUGUCCACUGAUAUCAACUAAAAAUUGUAUUAAGGCUGCCGAGAGCCAUAGUAAUCAAAACAAUGUGGAAUCGCCUGACGAUUCGUCAAUUCACAAAAAAAGUUAUAGAUUUGAUAAAGAAGACGACAGUGUCUUCCCACAAAAUAAAACUAUUAAUGAAAAUUUAGAUUCUACAGAUAAUAUGGAUACAGAGCCGAUAGAUGACAAAUCUAUUGAGUUAAAGGACAGCUGUCCUAGUGAUGUCAUUAUAAUAAAUGAUGAUGAAGAAUUACCUAUUCUGAUAAAUACUGAAGAUGAAUGUGUUCGGGCAGAAACUCAAGAGAUUGUUGAAGCUAACACUCAGCCUACAGAUUCUAGAGAGACUCAAGAGAUUGCUGAAGCUGACACGCAACCUACAGAUCCUAGUGAGACUCAAGAGAUUGCUGAAGCUGACACUCAACCUACAGAUCCUAGUGAUUUUGUUGAAGAUAAAAUCUGUGAUAAUGAACCGACAAUCAUUCAGAGAGUAGAAUCCGAAAGCAACGUUGCAGAAAAUGUAAAUAUUAAUGACAAUGAAAUAAAGAGUUGUUCUGAACCGAUUAACAUAUCUUCAGAGACUGACAAUGACAGCGAUACUGUUUCAUCACCAUUUAAAGACGACGAGCAAAGAAAGAGAGAUUUUCUUGACAACACAUUACAAAUAUCCCCAAUUAAAACAAUGAGUCCUGUAAGAGAAAAUAAAUCUCCAUCUCCAGAGACAAGCAAUGAUUAUGUUGUUAUACAAUUAUCAUCUCCUGUUCAGAGUAAUGGUGAACCAUUUGAAAAAUGUAAUUCUCCUGAAAUAUUUACUGACGAUAAGGUAUCACCUGACAAAAGGGACUUAUCACCGCCAAGAGAAGAAAUCAAUGUAAACAAUAAUAGCAGCCCUAGCUCUUCUUUAUCUCUAAGAAAAAAUAAACCUCAAGUACGGUCGGGUGGGAGAGCAGCUCAAAUGUUGGGUCUGUGCGUCCCAGAUAGACUGCAAACUAUAAUUCAUACCGAAAGAUCAGAAACGGAAGAGCCUAAAAAAAGCAGCCCUUCCAAUACACCUGCAAGGAGAAAUCUUAGGAUUUUAUAUAAUUCAGUGGGUGAGAAUAAUGAAAAUUCUGAAGAAAAUGAAGAUUCUGAAAAUUUCCUAAAGUUCAAAAGAUCUUUGCCAACAUCUGAUUGUAGUCCUUCAGGUCCCAUAUUAAAAAGAAAACUUGCAGAAAUAACAGACGAAGCUACCAUUACACCUGCUAGCAAAAGAAAAAGGGUUAGUUUCCAUGACCCUCCUGUUUCAACCAUGGUGUCAGUGCACAAGUAUAUUGAGCCAUGUGGAGUUAGAUCUCCACAAAAUUCUGCUCUAAAACGCCAGGAGAGACAAAAUUUGCGAUCGCAGACGACUUUGAAAUCACCUAAAAGGCUAGACAAUGUGUUCAAACUAGAUUCUGUAUUGACGAAAGCAGUAGAAAGUUUCACUGAAAUAGAUCGAAAUGCGGAUGAUACACAAUCAAUGACUCUAGACGAAACUCCGGCUCUCGAAAUCAUUAGGAAUAGUGAUUUGAAUGAUACGGAUCCUUUAUGCCCUGAGCUUCUUGAUUGCACAGACCCUAUAGAAGUGAUUGCUUGUGAUUUGUCAUCCUCAACAAUGAAGACGAUGUUCUUGAAAGAAUUAGAAGGUCAAAUUGCGACAGUAGGUGACCUUGCAAAGUUGACGGAACUUGAAGUGAACAGGUUAUGUAUAAAAGCGCCUAAAGUGAAAAUUGCUAAAAAAGUGUUAAAUGAUUAUGCUUUGAAAAAGGUAUUUGAACAAACAGGACCGAAAGAAGUCACUGUUUGUAAUGACGAAGCAAAUGAAACCCUGGAGACUAAAGAUAAUGUUAAAAUGGACAUUGAAACGCAAACUAUUGAGGUUGUUAUGAAUAAUAGAGAUACACAAACAGUUGAAAAUGUAUUGAAAGGUGUUAGUGUCCAAACAGAUGGAAUCAAUACAUGUCACAGAAAUGUUCAAACAAUUGAAAGUGGGAGUAAAUCCACUAAGGAUAUAAUUACUACGUGUGUAGCAGAGAAACCAGACUUCAUCCAACAACUCACCGAUAGUUUAGAAGAAUCUUCAAAAGUAAAGAUUGCCGAGGCUAUUUCAUUCGACGCAUUGACCGACGCAUUUAUGAAUAAAGUAACUACUGAUAAUUCUAAGAUAUUAAUUAAUAAGAUAUUAGAGAAACAGAAUGUAUCUGAAACAGAUGACCGUAAUCGAGAAUUAUCAUUUUUGCUAGAUUAUGUUUGUGAGAGGUUCGAGAAUAAAGAUCUCAUAUUAUUCUGUAGUCAAUUAUUAGCAAAUGUACAUGCUAGACCAUCGUAGAUAUACCACAAUCUUUCACUAUGGAUAUACCUUCAAAAUUUGUCAUGCUUAGUACAGAAUCUUGGUAAUGGCAUGGCAACAGUGAUACUAUUGGCGAUAUCAAGUUAUGCAUAUUCAGUUAUUUGGUAAGUCUGCAUCAAAUUAAGAUGACAUUUGUUGGUUGUCAAUUUUAUUAUGUGUAAUUUGCCCAAUAGUUUCUUGUAGGAGUGCUACUUAUUGUAGUGUUUUGUUUUUUCUUACUUCGAAUGUUGAAGUGCUUUGAAGCUCUGAUUUUGCACCUAAUGGAAAGAAAAUUGAUAUUAAUAAAAAUUACUGCUUUAAAAAUUGUACGGUUUUGAAUAACUUUCUCAACUUGUUUUACAAUCAACACUAGUACACACUGUACAA